AUGUUAGAAAGAAUAGUGUUGGAUUCGAAUAAGCUAACAGGACGCAUCCCAACAACGUUGUUCAACAUCUCAACAGUACAAGCGAUCUCACUCAGUGACAACCACUUCUCGGGCAAUUUUCCAUCAAGUUUUGGCCAGACUCUACCCAAUCUUGAAUAUAUUUUUCUUGGAAUGAAUAACUUCAGUGGAGCUAUCCUUGAUUCUAUUUCAAAUGCUUCUAAGCUCAUUCAUCUAGACGUUGCCUUUAAUAGGUUCACAGGUUCAAUUCCCAGCUCACUUGGUAAUUUAGGACUCCUCCAAUUUCUGCACCUAGGAGGAAACAAUUUCACUAGUGAACCCUCAUUGCCAGAAUUGAGCUUCCUCACUUCCUUAACCAAUUGCAGACAAUUAAGAGUAUUGUGGAUACAUGAAAAUCCUUUAAACGUAUUUCUUCCGGUCUCCAUCGGUAAUCUCUCCGAUUCUCUCGAAACUAUUUCUGCAAGUGGUUGUGGAAUUAAGGGCAAUAUUCCUAGUGAGAUUGGCAAUUUAAGGAACCUAGCGUCCGUAUAUCUAUCUGGCAACUACUUGACUGGGGUUAUUCCAACAACAAUCAAAGGGUUGAGUAAGUUACAACGACUUCAUCUUGAGGACAACAGAAUAGAUGGAUCCAUUCCAAAGGAGAUUUGCCAUUUGCUGAACUUGGGUGACUUAGGUUUGAGUGAAAAUAGAUUGUUUGGAACCAUACCUGAAUGCUUAGGGAAUGUUACUUCCUUGAGAUAUCUGUAUUUGGACUCCAAUAGAUUAAAUUCCAGCAUACCUGAAAACAUUUGGAAUCUCAAAAAUCUUUUGCAGUUCAACUUGUCCUCUAAUUCUUUUAGUGGAUAUCUACCACAAGCGAUUGGAAAUUUAAAGGUAGCAACGGUACUUGAUCUAUCGGUGAAUCAAAUUCAUAGAUUGGAAGGAUCAGUAUCAACAAGGUCUGGUGUUUACAGUUACGGUAUUGUGUUGAUGGCAAUAUUUACAAGAAGAAAACCCACUGAUGAUUUAUUUGCUGGAGAUCUGAGCCUGAAGGAUUGGGUAAAUCAGUCAUUACCUGAUGCAAUCAUUCACGUUGUAGAUUCCAACUUGCUACGGCUAGAGGAAGAGAACUAUACGGCAAAGAUGCAGUGUCUAUCAUCCAUCAUGGAAUUGGGUUUGAAAUGCUCAGCCGAAUCACCCCAUGAGAGGAUCAACAUGAAAGAUGCUCUAAUAGUACUCAAGAAGAUCAAACUUCAAUUAAUCAAAAAUUGUAAGUGA